GAGCCAUGGAUGGCAUUCAGCGUGGCGACCACGCAAAUCCGAUAACAAACAUAAAAUCAGCAUGUCAUUGGACGAUCAUCGUGCAACACCUGCGGAGGACCACGGGCGUUCUGGACUUUAAAAAGGUUCAGGGAGAGAAGCUUCGAGACACUGUAUUCUGCAUCUCGGAGGUGCGGGCAUCGGAAAUGACCAUGCGUAAUGUGUGAUGAGUUGGUUCGGACGUGGGAUGGUUACCGGUAUAAAGUUAGGCAUCCGCGCCAAGUGGAGCGGAGUGGGUAGGCCUCGUAAUGGCGGAAAGUCAAACUAAUGUUGGGGAUCGCGACGGCACGUGACGUCUACAUGGGGAAGGUUCUUGGCCUCCACAACACCCGCCCCAGUUCAUCCUCCAGACAUGUCUAUGCAGUUGCUGCCAAAAGAACUACGCCUUCAGAUAUGGGCGCUGGCGUACUACAACGAGCCGCCUCGCCUGGUAGCACUGGAGACCAACCCCCACGAUGAGGAUCAUGACGAAACGCACUUUUGCCCGCGAUACUCCCCUAGUCCUGCGCCAGUGACGGUAAAUCUAUGUCAUGAGUCGCGCGAAGAAGCUCGGUACCAGGCUGUGAAAGCAAACCAUAUCCUGCAGGUACCGUGCAGCAAUUCAGAUACUGGCUGUGGCGAAUUCUACUUCCGCAUCGAUACCGACAUCCUCUUGCUACAGCUAGAAGGCACGCGUGUUAAACAUUACGAUGACUCGCCCGAAGUAGGACUACUGGCUCACUUCAGCCAUGCAACGGGCUGUGAUCCCCAAGAGCUGCAGAAGGUCGCUAUUACAAAAGUUAUACUGAAUGGAUUCAGAGACGGCAGCCUAUCAAACGUCCUACGCGACUUUCCCAAGAUAUCGCACAUGGUCAUGAUGCUCACCAACGAGAUACUAGAGGACGAUUUGGAGAAAGAGUUGUUUGUUCGCGCUGCUUCAAGGAUAGUUCGCAUGUACAAACUCGACUUGAUGAACCUAGCUACUAGUCAAGGGAAGACGUUCAAGCCACAUCCCUUCAACGUGGAUUUUGCAAGGCUUCACCAUGGUCGGUUGGAUAUAGUCUCGAAAGAUGUUUGGCGUGACUGGAGCGAUGGCGGAGAAGAGUGGGCAACGCUCGAUAACUCUGAACCAUUCUGGUAGCUUACCAAUCGCAGCGCAUACGAUGAACAAGCUGUGCGCAUACUUUCACAGAUGAGAUCCACAGGCAGUAGAUAAUGGGUCAUACAUGUAAGUCGAGAAAUGAAACACACAAGAGCUAGGAAGAUACCGGAGUAGAACAGCCACAGUCAACAAUGGCCGGCACAAGCAUGGAACACCUUCAACCGCGCAUCUCAGCUCCUAGAGCCUGUAUCGCCAAGAUAAUGGCGUUCAGAGCUCAAUCUGACCUGUACCAUCAAUUGUUUUCCGGAGCCAUAGCCACUAUCUACCA